CACGACAAAUUAAUUUAGUUGAAUACGAAGACAGUUGCUGCUUAUUAGUUACAUAGUUGUCAAAAUGUGUAGAAUAAAGUGCAUAGCGAUUGCACUGUGGAUCUUAGCGUGUGCUACAAAUUCAUUGGAGUCCGCAAAGAUACUCGCUGUAUUCCCUUUUACGGGUCCAUCGCAGUAUAUAAGUGUGCAGUCGUAUUUGAGGACAUUGGCGUCGCGUGGACAUGAGAUCACUUCAGUUUCCGCGUUUCCCCAAAAAACACCACUACAGAAUUUUCGCGAUAUAACACUACAAAUAGAGCAAUCGCAUCAUGAUGAUCAAGUGAUCAAUGCAAUCGUCGAAAUGUCUGUAAGCAAGUUAAACCUAAUGAAAAUUGUUAAGGAUUAUAUUUUAUUGACAUCUUUGGUGAUAUUGAGGAAUGAAGAAUUUCAAAAACUAUUGCACUCAGACGAACAGUUUGAUCUCAUCAUUAUUGAGGUGUUCCAUCAAGAUUCACUCUACGCAUUGGGUCAUCACUUCAAAGCGCCUAUGAUUGGUGUCUCUACAUUCGGCACUGAUGUUGUGAUCGAUCAAUUGGUGGAUAAUGUUUCACCGGUGUCAUAUGUACCAGCGCCUACCGGUAAACAUUUGGAUCGUAUGAAUUUCUGGCAACGCCUAGAGAACUUAAUUGCUUACACCAUAGAGGUUUUAUAUCAUCAUUUAGUUAUAAUACCGGAGCAACAACGUUACUAUGAAAAGUAUUUCCCUAAUGCAACACUGCGCUUAACAGAUAUUCGUAGAGAUUUUUCUUUGUUGUUGCUCAAUCAACAUUACUCAUUCAAUUGGCCACGUCCAUUAGUGCCGAAUGCAAUCGAAGUGGCUGGUAUGCAUAUUGAUCACAAACCAAGUAAAAUACCAGACGAUAUGGAAGCUUUUAUUAAUGCCUCCCCUAGAGGUGCUAUCUACUUCUCACUGGGUUCGAAUGUAAAGAGUGCAUUUUUGCCGAAACAUACUUUGCAAGAGAUUAUGAACGCAUUUGCCUCACUACCCGUGAAUGUGUUGUGGAAAUUUGAGAAACCAGACCUAGCCGGCAAACCAAAGAAUGUAUAUAUUAACAAGUGGUUUCCACAAUCCGACAUACUAGCUCACCCCAAAGUGAAACUUUUCGUUACUCAUGCUGGAUUGCACAGUAUGAUAGAGGCGGUACAUCAUGGUAAACCGAUUGUGGGUAUGCCAGUGUUCUACGAUCAAUAUUUGAUUAUGGAAAAAGCAGUAAGUAAAGGUUUUGGUGUUGCUCUAAACUUUCGAAAUUUCACCAGCACCGAGUUGCGUGAUGCCAUUCUAGAGGUAUUGGAGAAUCCCAAGUAUAGUGAACGAGCGCGAGAGACCUCAACGAGUUUCCAUGAUCGACCUAUGAAACCGCUCGACGCGGCAAUCUAUUGGACUGAGUAUGUGCUGAGACAUAAGGGUGCGUCACAAAUGCGUGUUGCCGCACGUGAUUUGAAUUUCCUACAGCAGCAUAGUGUGGAUACAAUCGCUGUUUUGUUUGGUAUUCCAUUGCUGCUGAUUAUAGUUAUAAUGCUUGGUGUUUACAAACUAAUUGUGGCAAUAAUUAAUAGUAACGAUGGUUUGAAUAAGAAGCGAAAGAAAGAGUAAACCAUUGAUUUUCAUAAGUUCAUAGCUGCUGGUUAUAUAACGCUACGUCGUCUAUUUGGAUUUCUAUUCGGUUUACUCCACGCUGCGGAAACAGUAUAGAAAUCCAAGUAGACGACUUAUGAGUUAUUUAAGCAGCUCCUUAUGUAUGGAUGUUUUUAAACAGAUUAUGUUGCGAUAGCAGAUGUUUUAGAAAAUUAAUAUUUUUUUUCACAUUUCAUUCAACAUGAAUUGAUAGUAGCGUUGAUAGCGUAAAUUUAAUUAGCUUGUCUAAACUGAUAAUGUGUAGUUAAUACGUAUGUCUAGUAAGUGUGAAGUCGCAGUAAUAAAAUAGAAAUUAUUUAAGUCUAUAAAGUA